GCCGUCCUUUUAAUGUGAAAAAUUGCUAACCGGAAGUAUGUUUUUGGUAUACUUUUUUUUUGGAGGGGGGGGGGGGGGGGUACUUGUGCUCCAAGUCCGGUCUAUAAAAAAGAUGAUACUCGCCACGAAGAGCUCAUAAUCAGCGUGGCCGCUGUCAGGGGCGCCAUGUCGUGUUGUGAGUGUAAAGUCACGCAGGACACGCAGGGCAGCAUCCUCUACAGCAUCCUCAACAGAGGCGCUCUGUGUCCGCAGGCGCGCGCGGACACGACCGCUGCGCACCGGUGUUGCUCCUGCGCGUCCAUGAGGAAGCUGGUGGCCAUUCGCGCUCCACAGUCCGUGAUCAGAGCAGCCUGCGAGGUGCUGCUCAAAACUUUCAGGUUCGUGAAAAACGUGCCGUGUUUUCGGGGUUUGCCAGCCGAUGACCAACUCCGACUCGUGCGCAACAGCUGGGCGCCCCUGCUGCUCUUGGGCUUGGUGCAGGACUCCGUGGACUUCGACACCGUGGAGACGCAGAAGCCCAGUCUGUUACACGAGAUUCUGACGCACGACGCGAAUCGACGAGAGCGCACUGCCGGCGCCGCUCAGCACCCUGGGGUGCCUCUCUGUGAUGUGCAGAGUAUCCAGAUGUUUCUGGUGAAGUGCAGAGGACUCACUAUCACCGUCAAAGAAGCGUUUCUUACCGGGGUGAACAUAUCGUUCACCCCGGUGCCUGAGCUGGAGUGUCAGGAGUACAUCCACGCGCUUCAGAGGGAGGCUGAGCGCGCGCUCUAUGAGCACGUGGGGACGGUGUACCGGGGGAACGCGAGCCGGUCCGGCAAGCUUCGCGUGGUCCUGAGCACCCUGCGCGCCGUGGACACGGAGGCGGUAGCGGGACUGUUCUUGAGACCGGUGACUGGGACUAGCAGCAUCGACGAACACGUGCUUGCCAUGUUCUGUGAGAGGUAAACAGUGGGACUGAAUAACAGACUCAUUUCAUGCAACCAUGUUUUAGACUGCUACACUCUCACCAUCAGAACGUCUAAUGAACUGCUCUGCUGCACAUCAUGAUUUGUAUGUUUCUGUGUGGACACUGAGGACAACCGCACAUACAGUGACCUUAAUAAAUGACAGCGAUUACCUUC